AUGUUCGAUGCGGAUGAGAUCGUGCCGACUGGUGAAAGCGGCGACACCACUGCCAUCCCACCUAUGGAGGAGCUGCCGUUGCCGGCUGACAUGACCUGGGGAUGUGCCACAUCUGCCUAUCAGAUCGAGGGCGGCGCCUUUGAAGAUGGCAAAGGGGAGUCUGUAUGGGAUAGAGUCUCGCAUCUGAAGCCCUCUCGGACCAACGGAGAGCAUGGUGACGUGGCGUGUGAUCACUACCACCGCAUGGCCGCUGAUGUUGCUCUGCUCUCCGACUAUGGAGUGGAAGAAUAUCGCUUCUCUAUUGCGUGGACACGCAUCGUUCCCCUAGGUGGGCGCGAGGAUCCAACUAAUGAGGCUGGUUUCGCGUUUUACGAUUCUCUGAUCGACAGCCUGCGGGCCCGUGGCAUCGAGCCUGUUGUAACCCUCUUCCACUGGGAUACGCCUCAGGCACUCAGCGAUCGUUAUGGCGCUGUGGGCAAUCUGAGAGAAUUUCAGGCGGAUUUUGUCCAUUACGCAAAACUGUGUUUCGCCCGCUUUGGCGACCGGGUACGUCGCUGGGUCACCUUCAACGAGCCUUAUAUUAUGGCAGUCUAUAGCUCUGAAACGCAAUCCGACACGGAUACGUGGGUAAUUGCGCAUAAUACCAUCCUAACACAUGCUGCAACGGUACAAGCUUAUGUCGAACACUUUCAGGCAACGCAAGGUGGUAGCAUCUCCAUUGUGCUGAACGCGAAUUUCUUUGAACCAUACGAUAUUUCCAAUUCUUCAGACCAGGAGGCUGCCUCUCGACGCUUACUGUUCUACCUUGCCUGGUUCGCCGACCCCGUCUUUCUUGGUCGUGACUAUCCACCAGAGAUGCGUGCUCAAUUGGGAGAUCGCCUACCCCGUUUUACUCCCGAUGAAUUAUUGCUGCUGCGCCAAGUGGCACCUAUUUGCAGCGCGGCUUUCUUUGGCCUCAACCACUACACGUCUAGCUAUGCGAGGGCGCGACCAGGCAGUCCAUCCCCCGAUGACCAUACCGGUCAUAUCGAGGAGAUGGACGUCAACUGUGAGGGACAUCAGCUAGGGCCUGUGACGGGCAUAAGCUGGCUGCGUGUGACGCCAGCACAGUUCCGUAAGCUCCUAGCGUGGAUCUGGGAGCGAUACCAUGUUCCCAUUCUAAUCACUGAAAAUGGAUGUCCUUGUCCUGGAGAGAGUGAGAUGACCCUUGAACAGGCGGUUGAGGAUGACUUCCGCGUUCAAUAUUUUGCAACAUAUUUGGAUGCUAUGUCGAGGGCUAUUUACCAGGACGGCGUGCAAGUGCUCGGUUACUAUGCCUGGAGUUUUAUGGAUAAUUUCGAAUGGUCGGCAGGGCGUACCCCCUCAAGAUCCAUCAACCCCGGUACACCCGUCAAUAUUAUUCUCAAAGCCGACCAGCCCACAGGAAUUACAGUUUCAGGCAUAGUGAGCGAAUUACUCACACGCGGUGAUCACCCCCGAGGCGUCAAAGUGCGUCUCACUGACGGGCGCGUCGGAAGGGUGCAGAGCAUCCGGGGCGGUGAGCCGACACAGGAGGAACUAGAUGGAAAGACACAGGACACGCCAGACGACGAGCCCAGUAUCCAAUACAGAACAGAGAGAGGCGAUUUAAGUGGGAGACGCAAUCGUUUUACUUCGCGUGAUAUGCGUCUUGAUGGACCGGAGGAGCCUUCCUCAGAGCCCCUUGGACUGGAUAUGUAUAUACGCCCCGCAAAGGAAAAGAAGAAGGGUAAAAAGACACACCAAGGGCAGAAUGUGGAACUGGAGGAGAAGCAUGAGGAUACGACAGAUGCAGGCACUGCCGCUCAAAGGCCUGGAUCGCUCAAAUGUCCCGUGUGCGCUGAUUUCGAGGGCGACGAAGCCGCUGUGGCGCACCACGUUGCUGGUCAUUUCGGAGAGUGA